CCCAGUACAUCCCGAGAACCGGAUUAGUCAUGUAUUUUCCAGAGGAAAGCAAGAAAAUAUACUUUAGUCGCCGAAUUAAUUAGUAUAUACUACGCACUAGAGUACGGGGGGAGGCACGUAUCUACCAACUCGGACGAUAGGCUUCUCUUAUUACCCCCUUAUAACUCAAACGGCAUCUCUGACGCUUUCCCCCAUAUUGAUUUCUUCAGGUCCUCUUCUGUCAUUCUUCUCUCUCGCCCCUGCUUUCGUCAAUAUCUCAAGCUUAGCAAAACCCAUACUUCAGUUGCUCUCAGCGGUCUUGCCUGUAUUCAUAUCCCGUCCCAACCGCACCAAUAUCCAUACCUAUUCGCUUCCUUGGCCCGAACUUCACUCAACCAGCCGAGGAAGUUUUAAACACACGCACACACACACACACACACACACAUAUAUAUAUAUAUAUAUAUAUAUAUAAUAUACUAAGCCAGGAUGGAACCACAGUCGUUCGUCUCGCCGUCCUCGAACUCAUCGUCCCCACGUUUCACAUCUAAGAAUCUACCGCCGGUAACUGAUCUGGAGUCGGGAUAUGUUUCGGGAACUUCAUCGACUGCGGGAUCCUCAAGUGAGCUUCCUCAGCUGACGCUCACACAACCACAUAUAAAACAUCUCAACCGGCAACUGGGAUAUAUGACCGCCAUGAACAGACUCCGCUUCGUCAAAGCUUGCUUCCCUAAUCUAUAUCAAUCAACUGCCUUCGGUCUUACCGGCCUAGUAUCCACGGACAUGCUCUCAAAGAUCGAGAAAGAAUCACCGGGAUCAUCGCCUGUCGAUCUCAUCUUCCUAGACACGCUUUAUCACUUCGAGGAAACAUAUGCCCUAGUCGGGAGGGUCAUGAAGAGGUAUCCAAAUGUGCGCAUCCACACGUACAGGCCGAAUGAUGUCAGCACCACAGCGGAGUUCGAGGAGAGGUAUGGCGCGGGACUGUAUGACACGGCAGCCGAGCUGUAUGACUGGAUUGCUAAGGUCGAACCGCAACAGAGAGCCUAUUCGGAGCUGAACGUGGCUGCCGUCCUCACCGGCCGAAGACGUUCUCAGGGGGGCGAGCGUGACAAGAUUGGUGUCCUCGAGGUAGACGAAGAGACUGGCAUCGUCAAGAUUAACCCGCUAGUGGACUGGACCUUCUCCCAGGUCAAAGAGUAUAUCACAGAGAACAAUGUUCCAUAUAAUGAACUUCUCGAUAGAGGAUACAAGUCCGUCGGCGACUGGCACUCGACAUCCCCGGUCUCGGCAGGCGAGGAUGAGAGAGCUGGUCGGUGGAAAGGCCAAGCCAAAACAGAGUGUGGCAUCCACAACAAGAAGUCUCGGUAUGCUCUAUAUCUUGAAGAAGUGCAGCGUAAGGCUGAGGAGGAACAACUUACAGCAGCUCUUGAAAGGGUAGAAAGAGAGCAGAAAGUAGAGAUCGAAUGAGAGUUCAUGCUAGUUCUGCAUAAAAAGGUAGGCAGAAGGGUAAAUUUGAAAGAGAAAGAGAAGGGGAUGGAAGGAACAAGGGAGAGGGAGAGGGAGAGAUGAAUGGACAAUCUAUCUGAUUACCCUUACAACGGUUUGUUAGUAAGAGCCGUCGUUCUUUUUGAACGCCAUUCUGGCGGAUGGGGGCACUGCUCCAUUUUUUAUCGGUUGCAUAUUCUAUCGGUGGUCGAAACCUCGGGAAUUGGGUUGAACGGGUACAUAUUGCAUUGGCGAUGGUGUUUUUGGCGUACCUAUUUUGCACUUGGGCAUAGACCUGUAUAUGUCUAGGAGAUUGUUCAUCAAGAAGUUAGAUACCUGUUCGUAGUACGAAUACUACCUUGACUUUCACUGUAUGCUUUUCAACGUUGUCGCAUGUGGAUUGAUUUAAAAUAACACGGACCUGCAAUUUUCUGAUAAAAGACCGGAGGUUGAAGGGUGACGGAUCGUUG